ACAGCAUGAUUUGAUUCGUUACCUGUGUCCAUUAUUACCCACAAAAAAAUUAGACUAGCCGAGUUCUUGCCCAGAUUGCAUUUAAAACCCUUCAACCCCGCUGCGUUUUGGCUACUCUUUUAAUCAACACAUUUCUUCGCUCAAAAUGAGUUCGCUGGCUGCGAAAUUCGUUAAGUUCCUGAGAGUCUCAACGUUCACCAGACCCACCUCUUCAUUUGUUGUGGGUGAGCAAGGAGGCUCGAAAUUGUUGUACUCAACUUCGACAUUUGAUGGUGACAAUGGUGAUGAUGUGAAAAACAAUGAAGGUGACGAGUUUGAUGAUGAUUUUCUUCCCGAUAAGCCAGAGUUACAACUCCAGAGUGUGGAUCCCAGAAGGGGUUGGGGUUUUCGUGGUGUGCAUAAGGCAAUUAUAUGUGGCAAAAUUGGGCAAGCCCCUGUACAGAAGAUCCUGAGAAAUGGUCGAACAGUAACCAUCUUCACUGUUGGGACAGGGGGCUUGUAUGAUCAGAGAAUUGUGGGAGCAAAAGACUUGCCAAAACCAGCACAAUGGCACCGAAUUGCUGUGCAUAAUGAGAUCCUUGGGGCUUAUGCAGUUCAACAACUAGCCAAAAACUCUUCAGUUUAUGUUGAGGGUGAUAUUGAAACCAGAGUUUAUAAUGACAGUAUCAAUGGUGAAGUUAAAAACAUACCUGAAAUAUGUGUGCGACGUGAUGGGAGAAUUCGCUUUAUAAAAGCAGGGGAAAGCAUCAGCAGUAUUUCAUUUGAGGAGCUGCGAGAGGGGUUGCUGUAGUAGAAAAUCAAUUGGCACAUUUACAAAUCUGAUUCUCAGAGAACGAUGAACAGCUCAAGAAUCAUACUUCUGUGUAUAAAUGUACUGAUUUAGAAGGUUGAUUCAUGAAGAGGCCAAGACAAAGACUGUAUUUAUUGGAUUUUCCCUGAUAUUAGUAGUUUAGUCAGCAUUUAGCAAUAUUUGUUUGAAUUUCCUUACGCUGUGUUUGGUACGUAGGAUUAAGCUUUAGGAAUGGAAUAUACAUUCCUUGGUAAUACUCAUUCUUAUGUUUGGUUGGCAGGAAUUAGAAUUAGAAUUCAUUCCUAUUCCUAAGGAAUGCUUAAUCCCACAAAUCAUGGGAUUAGACAUUACCAAAUUUACUAUGGUAUUUCUCAUUUCAUUCCCACCAAGUGGACGCC